AUGAAAAAAUCUGAGCAUUUUUCUCUUGGAAAGAGGACACCACCGAGAAAUUCUUCUCUCUUGGCCCUUUCCCUUGACUCCCUCGAUACAAACUCUGUCACUUCGAUUGAGGUUGAUCUGGAGAAAGCUUAUGAUCGUAUCAAAUGGAGUUUUUUGCAACAAGUCCUUGAAGAAAUUCAGCUUCCUACUUCUUGGGUAAAUCUCAUCAUGAAUAUUAUUUCUACUAAUACUUUUUCUCUAAUUUGGAAUGGUCAGCAUUUACCUUUUUUCUCCCCUUCGCGAGGCAUCCGUCAGGGUGACCCGCUCUCCCCAUAUCUGUUCAUAUUAUGCUUGGAAAAACAUGGCCAUCUUAUUGAUGAAGAAGUUCGAUUGAACCGAUGGAAACCCUUGAAGAUCACACAAUCUGGUCCAAUUAUUUCUCAUAUUUGCUUUGCUGAUGAUCUUGUUCUUUUUGGUGAAGCUUCAACUACUCAGCUUGAUGUUAUGAUGGAUGUUCUUAACAAAUUUUGUGAAGCCUCAGGCGAAAAAAUUAGCCUUGUUAAAUCCAAAAUUUUGGUCUCUUUCAAUAUAUCCCAACAAGUUGCCCUUUCAUUAAGCAACUAUUGUGGUAUAGCUCUCACGGAAGACUUUGGCAAGUACCUUGGAGCCCCUAUGAUACAUGGCAGGGUAACUAGAAAUACUUACAGCGAUAUACUCAGCAAAGCUCAAGCUAGAUUGUUGUCUUGGGGCAAUCAGUAUCUUUCUAUGGCAGGUCGAGUCAUACUCAUCCAAUCGGUGUUAAGUGCUCUCCCUUCUUAUAUUAUGCAAACAACCCUCUUGCCUAGUGGCGUGACUUUACUCAAAAAGAAAUAUUUACGCCAGCAUGAUUUCUUCUCUGUUAAGAGCAAAUCAACUGAUUCCUAUACUUGGCGUAGCAUUCUACAAGGUAGGGAAGUCCUAUCUAUGGGCUUAGGCAUCAAUAUUAGCAAUGGCAAGAAUACCUGUUUCUGGUUAGAUGCUUGGCUUGAUGAUAAACCUUUACUUGAGUCUGCUUUAAGGCCACUUUCUGCUACGGAAGUCGAUUUAUGUGUUGCUGCUUACUGUGAUGAAUUCGGUAAUUGGAAUCUGCAAGAACUCUAUGAUCUUUUACCUAUUCCCAUUGUCUCUAAAAUUGCCUCGGUGUGGAUUAAUACCGAAGAUCAUGAGGAGGAUUCGUGGUUUUGGAAAUUAGAAUGUAAUGGAAUUUUUUCCACUAAAACCGCCUAUGAAAUCCAAACACAGCCAAUGAUGCCAUCUUCUUUGCAGUGGAACAAAAUUUGGACUCUACAGGGACCUAACAAGAUCAAAAUAUUCCUCUGGCGUGUGCUGCAUGACUCUAUACCUACGGCAGCUUUCCUUCAUCACCGGCACAUCCUCAGUUCUUCUUCUUGCUUCAUCUGCUCCUCUAACGUUGAAUCUGCACUCCAUGCUCUCAAGGACUGCACGAGAGCCCGGCAUACAUGGCUUUCUCUUCGGCCUGAUUUAAUUCAGGGAGAUUUCUUCGCUCUUGAUAUUAAUGAUUGGAUUCUAAUUAACUGUGGCUGCAGGGAUGAUUUCUUCGGUAUUCCAUGGAAUUUUAUAUUCAUGUUUGCAUUAUGGUUCAUAUGGUAUUGGCGCAAUUGUUUGCUCCAUGACCAAGAUUUUAUUUGGCUGGACCAAUGCUCUCAAUUAAUCAAUACUCGGGCUAAGGAGGCUGCUGAUGUCUCUUCCUUCCUCAAUACCCGCCUCAAACAUAAUAUCCUCAUUGGUUGGAGAAUGCCACAAGGCCAUUGUGUCAAGAUCAAUGUGGAUGGAUGCUCUCGCGGUAACCCGGACGAUUCAGCAGCAGGUGGAAUCAUCCGUGGCAGUAAUGGUGGUUGGCUUGGUGGUUUCACAUUUCGCGUCGGAAUUUCUUCGAUCAUGGUCGCUGAAUUAUGGGCAAUUUAUCAUGGACUUUUACUUGGCUGGAACAAAGGUUUUCGAGAGAUGCUUGCUUUUAAAGGAGUAUGCUCAGUUAAGAGGAAAGAGGAGAGAUGGCAUAGAAUCAGCUACAGAGAGUGGGAUAUUACCUAUGUUCGCUUCCCAUGUCUGCUAUUCCCUUCAGUUGGUUCGGAUAGAGAGGUGAAAGAAAGGAUUGCAGCUAGAGAAAUAGUAAACUUGGACAUACAAAAGAAUAUGGCAGAUGCUUUUACUCGUGAUGUUUCUUAUAGACACUGCAUUGACAGAGCCAAGUAUUUGGAACACAUCUUAGAACAAACACACGAGUCAAAAUCCGUAGACAUAGAAUCUUCUGAGAACAUACGCCAAUCCAAUUUCUCGUUGGGACAAUCAUCUAAGAGGAGCAAGAGAAGCUCUUCACCCCAAAGGACGUCACCCGGUACACCCAACACUUCAAGCAUUAGUAGAAGAUCUGGUACUUGUAAGUCUAUGGUACCACAAUGUGGCAACUGUCGUACGUUCCAUGAAGGGCGAUGUUGGUCUCCCCGGUGCUACCACUGUAGGGAGCCAGGUCAUGUCCAAGCCCAUUGCCCUGACAAGAUGUUUAAAUGA